UAGAGGCACGAACGGCUCUUUUAGAGAUGGAAGCCGACUGGGGCUUUUCCUCGCGAAUAUAAUUUUUUUUUAUUACGUGCUGAGCCGCUCUAUCUCUGACUGUUCCUCUAGUGUCUAUGUUUCCGUUAAAGGGGCCGCUUGGCUUUCAGAGCUGAGGACACCCGAGAUGCUGCUUACGGUGAAGGCGCUGCAGGGCCGGGAAUGCUGCCUCCAGGUUUCCCCUGAUGAGCGCAUCUCCUCUCUCAAACGCCUGGUAUCAGAGAAGCUGAAUGUCCCAGUGUCACAGCAGCGCUUGCUUUUCAAAGGCAAAGCUCUGGCAGAUGAACACCGACUGUCUGAUUACUCCAUUGGGCCUGAGUCAAAGCUCAACCUUGUGAUCAAACCGUUGGAGAAGGCAUCUCCUGAAGAACCUGGCCGCAGAGCUGGUCCCCCGCAGAGUCCUGCCAUCUGGCACACUUUGGCCCAGGUCCUGGGCAGGCAUUUCAGUGUGGCUGAUACUGAGAAAGUACUGGAGCAACUGCAGAAGGAUUAUGAGCGGAGCCUUCGAUUGCUGAGCUUGGAUGACAUUGAGCGCAUGGCUGCCCGCUUGCUGCACCCUGAGGUGGCUGAGGCUGUAGAAAUGGGCUUCCUGGAUUAGCUGUCGAACUUGGGAACUGAGCCCUGUCUGCCCCUUUGGACAGAGAGCCCCCGGGCGGGGACCAGUUUGGGGCUUACUGGGAACGAUCCCUCUGGACUGCUGUUAAAGGGGCGUAGAGCAUCUGUAACUACUCCCCGUCCAUUAAAGGAGGCGAUGGGUGAGGCUGAUCUGCUCUGUCUGAUGUGUCCAGUGGAAGUGGGAAAAUGAUGUUUAUAAAGAGAUUGCCUGUGCAUAUCAAGAGAUGGAGCUACCUCUUCCGUUAGGGGCAGCUGUGUUUAUACAUAGAUUUCUUGUUCAUCACCGGAGCCUGAUGACAUCUAAUAGAUUCAUAUUUAUUGUUUUAAUCAAAGGCCAUCUCCAGAGUAAUGUUCACCAGAAAUUACAGGAAGAAAAUGAAAUCUGAAUAAUACAAAUUUAGAUUACAAAAUUAAAAAAACUUAGUAUUGCUGCUUUCUAGUGUGAAUGUAUAAACUUGAGGCAUAUAAAUUAUCCCAAGUCCCCUGUACAAUCAAUAGCACCUGAUGCGACAAACAUUUGUCUAA